AUGAAAUUCGACUGCCCACGCCACCCGCCUCACCAUGGAUGCAAAAACACAUUUAGGCAUCACAGGGUGUCUACUAGCCGUGGUACUAGGACGAUCAAGUGGGCACCAUGCUGUGAAGCUGAAGCCAUCGAGUUCAUGAAGACCGAGCUUCAUCACACUUACAAAUCAUGCCAUGUCGAGGACCGUGGGAAGUCUAAACACCAUAAGUCCCAUGAUAAGAAGCACUCCGCAGAACAAAGCACUCCAUCCGGCCCAAGCUUGAAUCAGCAAAACCUGGAUGCUUUGCAGGAGCUAGUUGACCAACAGGACGCAGCGGAGCAGGAAGCUGCUGCUCGCCAACAGGAUCAGCACCAGCAGCAGUUUCCGACCAAGGCGAAGUAUAUGACCCCGUUUAACCAAGGACACGUCCGUGAGUGGAUGGGUGGGCGAGGUAUGGGCUCUGGUCAGGGCACGCACGCGGCUGGGGCUCAGAGCAUGGCCGCGGCUCCGGAGAUGCCUCCGCCUCAAGAGGCCACAUCCGGUGGACAACAACAGAAGCACGGGCAUCAAAGGUCGGGCCGUAGACCCAAGCCUGAAAGCGGUGGAAAACAUCAUACACACCACCGCCACAAGUCGACCCGCGAGCCUGAGCCUGGGCCCGAACAGUACCCGCAGCCGGGUCCGUCGAUGCAUGUGGGCAUGGUCUCGCCCACGGGGACGCCUGCGCCCCCGUUCAUGCCUUCGGAUCAGGGCGUAAUGGGUGGACAACAACUUCAGCGCCACCGUCGGGAGCCAAGAGGCCACUCCAGUCACCAACAGGACCCGCUGCCGCCUGCAGACAUGCCUCCGCCGCCCACGAUGCGUGAGUGCAUGUCGGUCAUGGCUGAAGAAGCAAUGUCUGCGCCUGAGGAGGAACCUCAGAUCUAUGGCGACGCCCCUGCUACAGGAACGGCCAACAUGCCUCCGCCGAUGUAUCCAAUGAUGACUGCGCAUCCGACUCGGAACAUGCCCAUGCGCCAGGGCCCGCAGCAGGUCCCGGGAAUGUCGCCGGCUCCCCCGACCGCUGGAAUGUCUGGACCUCCAACGACGCAGUUAUCGCCCAUGGGAGCGCCUCAAGCUGGGGGCAUCACCACGGCUACGGGACCGUCCGGGCCUCCGCUACAGAAUCUAACCCUGCGACAGCCGAGACCACAGCCAACCAACCCGGGGAUGUUGUCUCGCGCUUCUGCAGCCGCUGGGACGCCUAGAGCCCAAGCGAUGGCGCUGCGGCCGCCCCCGGGAGGGCUUUCAGCAACUCCGGGAAUGCCUCCGAACCCCAGUAUGCAGCCGCCUCCCACGUCGAUGCCCCCGUUUCCUGGGACGGGUCCGGGUACCCCGGCGUCCUUGGAUCUUGCGAGAGCGCCGCCUCCUCCGGUGCCUACGCCGCCCGUGCAUCCGAGGGCGCUGGAUUAA